CCUUACUUUUUAGUUAGACGACGGAAAUGAAGAAAAAGGCAUCGAAGCCACAAAAAGGGUUCAUCGUUAAUAUCCACGUGGCGAUUUAUCGGAGCCUUUCAUCUUCGCCACGUGAUGAUAUGAAAUAAUAGUGUGGUGGUGUCCCUCACCACUCACAAGAAGCUAAUGUUUGUUGGACUCAACUCAAAGACAAAGGCUUCAAACUCUCUUUUGCCAUUCUUCGGUCAUAGUCUCUGGGAAGUAAAACCUCUUCUUCAUGAUGGAAAUAAGUAUUGCAAAGUGUCAUCUAGAAGCACAAGGGAUAUUCUUUACCAACAUUUUGAGAACAAUAGGAAGGGAAAUUUCUCAGAAACUUCCAUGUAAUGUGGCGUCCUUGAAUUCAAGACGGGACUUUAACAGACUAGCCUCUUCAUAUCAAACUUUUACUGCAGUGUAUCCAAGAAGGCCAUUUCUCUGUAGUACACGUUCUAUGCAAACUAGGUUAGAGGAAUCUGCAUCAUUACAAUUCGGAGAUAAUCCUAACGCUGAUAUGGAUGCAUCUACAGACGAAGAUGAGACAUUGUCACAAGCACUUAACAAUGAACAGAUAAUAGCACUGCUUGCUGAUACUGAAAGAGCAAAACUCACUAAGAAGCUUAGUGAAGCCAACCAACAAAAUCGGUUCCUUAAAAGACAGUUGUAUAUAAAGGAGGAUGCAUUGGUAAAAUUUAAAAGUGAACUUGCUGUCUUAGAGCUUGAAGUUCAGGCUUUGGUCAGAUUAGCAGAAGAAAUACCUAAAUGUGGUAUCCCAGAAGGUUCAAGGAAGAUCAAUGGAAAAUACAUUCAAACCCACCUUGUUGCUAGAUUACAAGCGGUACACGAACAAUUGAAGGAGCAAAUAAAGGGUGUUGACGCGGUACAAUCGAAAGAGGUUUCUGUGUUUUGGAUCGGCAUGGCUGAGAGUGUGCAAGUUAUGGGAAGCUUUGAUGGUUGGAGCCAAGGAGAGCACCUUUCACCAGAGUAUACAGGUUCCUACACAAGGUUCUCAACAACAUUGAUGCUAAGGCCUGGAAGGUAUGAAAUCAAAUUCUUAGUAGAUGGUGAAUGGCAUCUAUCACAAGAGUUACCAGUUACUGGUGAAGGGUUAACGAAAAAUAAUUUGUUAAUUGUUGAGUGAGUGAUCUCUAUGUUUAAUCCUAGCAACACUUACAUGUAUGGUUGUAAAUGUUAAUGAAAUUUGUUGACAUGAUAUGCAACAUGGACAUAAGCACACAAUAGUUUAAUUAUUUUUUUUUGGAAAAAUUCCGCAAUUUUCAUGACA